AAUAGAGUCAAUAACUUUUCAAAAUAUAUAUAUAAUCAUAAAGUGAAGAAGCUAACCCAAUGUCGCUGCUUGCCUCUCUGAUUCCGUCGUCUGGUUUCCUUCAAAACAAGAAUUGAGAUUUAUUUUCUUCACUCCGAUCGCUAACGAGCGUUCCAUUCCACCAUCAUCACAACUCACAACUCAGUUACGUUGGUUUUUUUCUGAAUAACUUCUGAUUCAACACAAUGCAAGGAAGAGAAGAGUUAUUGAAAUGAGUGAAGCAAAAUUGAGUGAUUUGCCUAAUUGCAUUCUCAUUCACAUUUUGUCAUUUUUGAAUACUAAAGAAGCCGUUCGAACUUGCAUUUUGUCCAAAAGAUGGGAGCAUAUUUGGAAAUAUAUUCCCACCCUUAUAUUGCAUUACUCAGAUUUUUCUACUUUGAAGAGUUUUGACAAAUUCAUGUAUAGGGUUUUAUCUCUUCGCGAUGACUCAGUUUUGCCGCACACAAUUGAUUUUGAUCGUAGUGGUGGCCUUAAGUCCGGCUUACUUAAAAAGGUUGCAUAUUAUGUUUUAUCCCACAAUGUCAAGCUCCUUCGAUUAAGAAUUGAUGUCAAAGGUGAUAUUGGUGACAUUCUGCCUUGCAUUUCUUCAUGUCAGACUUUAACGUCACUUAAGCUAUCAGUUUCACCUAAAGGUCGUUAUAAUUACGGGAGAACAUUGUUUCCUAAAUCACUGAAUUUAACAGCGUUGACCUUCUUGCAUCUAGGAAAUUUUGCCUUUUGUGCUGGUGACGAUGGCCUAGUUGAGCCCUUUUCAGCCUUUAACAGCUUGAAUAGUUUGAUCAUUGAUAAUUGCACGGUGAAGGAUGCACAGAUCCUGUGCAUAUCAAGUGAGAAGCUAGUUAGUUUAACUAUGCGUAAUCAUUCUUUCGAUGUUUACCAAAUCGAGCUAUCUGCUCCAAGUCUUUGUACAUUUUCUUUUAUGGGUACUCCUUAUCAGAAGUUCCGUGGAAGUAGUCUUUCUUCUGUUGAACAAGUAAACAUUGAUGCGGACAUGUUGGCAUAUUACUUGGAGCCUCCUUUGGUUCUACUCAGUUGGCUGUCUGAUCUUCCUAAUAUAAAAUCAUUGACGGUCUCUGCAAGUACGCUGCAGGUUCUCUCCUUUGUUCCUGAUAUUUUGAAGGAUAAGCUAUUAUCAGCAUCCCUAAUGCGUAGCUUGAAGUCACUGAAAGUAAAGCUGAAGCCACUUUCAUGUGGAUUAUCCAUGGCAUCGAAAAUUACCAACUUUGAUAAAGAAUUAAAAACAGGAUUCAAACCAUCUUCACUCAUACCUGAUGGAAUACUGGACCUUUUGCUCAAGAACUCGCCAUCGGCAGAUGUUGACAUCCUAGAAUGCUCGAGGAUUGACGACUCCUUCGACCAUCUAGCUCCGUUCUCAUCUUCCCUUUUUCCUGAAUUCCUUCAGCCUUCUUCUAAUGAGCAUGUCAUGGCUGACCUGGAACGGCGGUUACAACACCUAAAGCAAGUGAAACUGCAGUUAAAACUAUAUAUUCAUCUAGCGACUAAGGAGAAGAUAAUUUUGGAGAGGGAGGAGUUAAUAGCCCUCGAAGAGUAUGAGAUAAUGUUCUUAAAGACCAUUGCUGUCAUAGAGAGACAGAUGCGACAGAUGCGCGAUAUUGAAGCUCUUUGAUUAAAAGUCUAUAGUAAACUCAACCGGAAAAUUUGAUAGACCUAAUGUGAAUGGCCAUUGAUGAGGACCAAUCCUACAUGAUGGUUAGAAACCUAACUUCGAACCAAACUUGAAUAUUCUCAAGAGGCUCUUACUCUUAUGGUGAUUCUACAUUUGAUCUUACCAUUUCCUUGUGGAAUGUGGCGUUUUCUACUCCACCACCUUUUCAUUUAUGCCUUUCCCCUUUUAUUUGCUACUUUCUUUUCAACUCAUAUAUGUAAGCACUUGAAUCCAAUCGUUUAUUUAUCCUUUUACUUGGUUAGUAGUUUUUCA